AUGGAUGAUCCUUCAAGGGUUUCGAUAUCAAACCUUGGAAAUACUCGACUUGUAUUAUGGGAGUUGAGGAAGCAAUUCCAGAUCCUCCUGCUGCAGUCACAAUGCAUGAAGUGCGAUGCAAUGAACGUGACUUCCUGUGAUAGUGGAUGUGGUGGAGGCCUAAUGACCAAUGCCUACAAGUAUUUGAUGGAGGACGGUGGCUUGGAAGAGGAGGAGACAUACCCUUACAUUAGAAAACCUGGUGAAUGCAAGUUCAACCCAGAAAAAGUGGUUGUGAGACUCGUCAACUUCACAAAUAUCCUUCUUGAUGAGAAUCAAAUUGCAGCCCAUUUAGUCCACCAUGGCCCUCUUGCAGGUGAGCAUUUUAAGUUUCUGGUUUAG